AUGACCUUUUCCAUCUCCUCUCCCCCCACCUUUCCUCCGGGCUACAGCUCCCCAGCCUUCCUUCCUCCGGGCUACAGUCCCCCAGCCUUCCUUCCUCUGGGCUACAGUCCCCCAGCCUUCCUUCCUCCGGGCUACAGUCCCCCAGCCUUCCUUCCUCCGGGCUACAGUCCCCCAGCCUUCCUUCCUCCGGGCUACAGCUCCCCAGCCUUCCUUCUUCCGGGCUACAGCCCCCCAGCCUUCCUUCCUCCGGGCUACAGCUCCCCAGCCUUCCUUCCUCCGGGCUACAGUCCCCCAGCCUUCCUUCCUCCGGGCUACAGUCCCCCAGCCUUCCUUCCUCCAGGCUACAGUCCCCCAGCCUUCCUUCCUCCGGGCUACAGCUCCCCAGCCUUCCUUCCUCCGGGCUACAGUCCCCCAGCCUUCCUUCCUCCGGGCUACAGUCCCCCAGCCUUCCUUCCUCCGGGCUACAGUCCCCCAGCCUUCCUUCCUCCGGGCUACAGUCCCCCAGCCUUCCUUCCUCCAGGCUACAGUCCCCCAGCCUUCCUUCCUCCGGGCUACAGCUCCCCAGCCUUCCUUCCUCCGGGCUACAGUCCCCCCACCUUUCCUCCGGGCUACAGUCCCCCAGCCUUCCUUCCUCCGGGCUACAGUCCCCCCACCUUUCCUCCGGGCUACAGCCCCCAGCCUUGCUUCCUCCGGGCUACAGCCCCCAGCCUUCCUUCCUCCGGGCUACAGUCCCCCAGCCUUCCUUCCUCCGGGCUACAGCUCCCCAGCCUUCCUUCCUCCAGGCUACAGUCCCCCAGCCUUCCUUCCUCCGGGCUACAGUCCCCCAGCCUUCCUUCCUCCGGGCUACAGUCCCCCAGCCUUCCUUCCUCCAGGCUACAGUCCCCCAGCCUUCCUUCCUCCGGGCUACAGCUCCCCAGCCUUCCUUCCUCCGGGCUACAGUCCCCCCACCUUUCCUCCGGGCUACAGUCCCCCAGCCUUCCUUCCUCCGGGCUACAGUCCCCCCACCUUUCCUCCGGGCUACAGCCCCCAGCCUUGCUUCCUCCGGGCUACAGCCCCCAGCCUUCCUUCCUCCGGGCUACAGUCCCCCAGCCUUCCUUCCUCCGGGCUACAGCUCCCCAGCCUUCCUUCCUCCAGGCUACAGUCCCCCAGCCUUCCUUCCUCCGGGCUACAGUCCCCCAGCCUUCCUUCCUCCGGGCUACAGUCCCCCAGCCUUCCUUCCUCCGGGCUACAGCUCCCCAGCCUUCCUUCCUCCGGGCUACAGCCCCCCAGCCUUCCUUCCUCCGGGCUACAGUCCCCCAGCCUUCCUUCCUCCGGGCUACAGUCCCCCAGCCUUCCUUCCUCCGGGCUACAGCUCCCCAGCCUUCCUUCCUCCGGGCUACAGUCCCCCCACCUUUCCUCCGGGCUACAGUCCCCCAGCCUUCCUUCCUCCGGGCUACAGUCCCCCCACCUUUCCUCCGGGCUACAGCCCCCAGCCUUGCUUCCUCCGGGCUACAGCCCCCAGCCUUCCUUCCUCCGGGCUACAGCUCCCCAGCCUUCCUUCCUCCAGGCUACAGUCCCCCAGCCUUCCUUCCUCCGGGCUACAGUCCCCCAGCCUUCCUUCCUCCGGGCUACAGCUCCCCAGCCUUCCUUCCUCCGGGCUACAGCUCCCCAGCCUUCCUUCCUCCGGGCUACAGCUCCCCAGCCUUCCUUCCUCCGGGCUACAGUCCCCCAGCCUUCCUUCCUCCGGGCUACAGUCCCCCAGCCUUCCUUCCUCCGGGCUACAGCUCCCCAGCCUUCCUUCCUCCGGGCUACAGCCCCCCAGCCUUCCUUCCUCCGGGCUACAGCCCCCCAGCCUUCCUUCCUCCGGGCUACAGCCCCCAGCCUUCCUUCCUCCGGGCUACAGCCCCCAGCCUUCCUUCCUCCGGGCUACAGUCCCCCCAGCCUUCCUUCCUCCGGGCUACAGCUCCCCAGCCUUCCUUCCUCCGGGCUACAGCUCCCCAGCCUUCCUUCCUCCGGGCUACAGCCCCCCAGCCUUCCUUCCUCCGGGCUACAGCUCCCCAGCCUUCCUUCCUCCGGGCUACAGCUCCCCAGCCUUCCUUCCUCCGGGCUACAGCUCCCCAGCCUUCCUUCCUCCGGGCUACAGUCCCCCAGCCUUCCUUCCUCCGGGCUACACCCCUCCCCCCCAGCCUUCCCUUCCUUCUGGGCUACGCCCCUCCCCCAGCCUUCCCUUCCUUCUGGGCUACGCCCCCCCUCCAGCCUCCCUUCUGGGCUACGCCCCCCCUCCAGCCUCCCUUCUGGGCUACGCCCCACCCCCAGCCUUCCCUUCCUCUGGACUACCCCCCCAGCCUUCCCUUACUCUGGCAUACGCCCCCCAGCCUUCCCUUCCGCGGGGCUACCCCCCCCCCCAGCCUUCCCUUCCGCGGGGCUAUCCCCCAGCCUUCCCUUCCGCGGGGCUACCCCCCAGCCUUCCCUUCUUCUGGGCUACCCCCUCCCCCCAGCCUUCCCUUCUUCUGGGCUACCCCCCCCCCCCCCAGCCUUCCCUUCCUCUGGGCUACCCCCCCAGCCUUCCCUUCCGCGGGGCUACCCCCCCAGCCUUCCCUUCCGCGGGGCUACCCCCCCAGCCUUCCCUUCCUUCUGGGCUACGCCCCCCCUCCAGCCUCCCUUCUGGGCUACGCCCCACCCCCAGCCUUCCCUUCCUCUGGGCUACCCCCCCCAGCCUUCCUUUACUCUGGCAUACGCCCCCCAGCCUUCCCUUCCGCGGGGCUACCCCCCUCCCCCCCAGCCUUCCCUUCUUCUGGGCUACACCCCUCCACCCUAGCCUUCCAUUCUGCCGGGCUACGCCCCCCCCCUCCCAGCCCCCCUUCCUCUCAGCUACACCCCUCCCCCCCAGCCUCCCUUCUGCUGGGCUAUGCCCCUCCCCCAGCCUCCUUUCCUCUGGGCUACGCCCCCCAGGCUUCCCUUCCUCUGGGCUACGCCCCCACCCCCAGCCUUCCCUUCCUCUGGGCUACGCUACAGCUAUAA